AUGCCGGUCUUUGGCAAUUUCCCUGGCCCAGAAGCCAGUUCAGUCAACUCCUCACCAGAGAGCUUCACAUCUGAGCCGGCGGUGGGAGCGUCAGUCGCUUCUCCAGUCUUGGGUGGCGCGACUACAGUUUUGGCUUCAAGUUCUGCCUUGAGUCUACCAUCCGAGACAAGUUUCAAUGCAUUGUUGCCUGAGACCCGACCUUCCCAGACUGACGCUGAGCACGGGCCACGGCUUACAUCCCGCGAACCAGAGACUGUCUUGAGCCAUAGCCAUGACAGUAAGUCUCUGCAUCAUAUUGACGACAAGCCUGUCGAUAAGGAUAACGAAAACAAUGAUCUCCAAGACAUUGCCGUUUGUCCCGAACAAAGUGCUGCUUGCAGCCUGAUCCAGACGGACACUUCGAACGGCCGUCCGCCAGCACAAUCCUUUGUUCCAAUUCUAAGCGACUUUCCUGAGCAACUUUUGGUUCAAGCACAAAGACAAACAUGGCUCGACCAAACCGUCGGUUUCGGAACGCAGGACUCACUGACCGAUUUCCCGAAGGAGAAUAUCAACUCUGAUCCCGCACGUCCUUACCCAGCUGCCCUGCCACGACGGGGGUCGACUUUAGCAACACCACCGAUUCACGCUUUUCAUCGAGGUCCCCAGCGCCAAACUUGCAACAUGUGUCAGGACUAUAAGAGCGGCAUGCGAUGCGGAUUGCCGAUCCAGUCAUGCAGCCCAACUACGCCAUCGCCGCUCUCCAGCACAUUCAGUCUGAAGAGCAUGCCUGCUACGACGCCGGCGUCAAGCACGUCAAGCUUCAAGAGCUUACUUUCCGCGACAAAUUACGCUGCAGUGAAGAUGUGUGACGCCGAGCGAGACUACGACAACAUGUACCAACACCCCUUGCCACCACAAUAUGUCGACGCCAUGACAUUGACAGCUUUGCCGCCUCCACGCCAGCGCCAGCGCCAACACCAGCUGGGAAUAGAGCCCUUACCACUCCCGUUGUACGGAGAUUUGAUCAUUGAGCGCGGCACGCAUGUCAAUGCGAACGUGGAUGUCAACACCAUCGCCCAAGCCAAACACAACGCCCACGCCAGCCUGAAUGACACUGCAGAGACGAACGACAUGAAGAUCAUGAAGAUCGCAGAUGAACACGACGUCAACAGUGUCAUUCAGGUCGCCAUUGACACUGCCAUUGCCGACGACAAUGCAUGGGACGAAAUCACGGCCGCCAUGCCCACCGCGGUAGAGGACUUAUCCGUCGCUUCCGUCGCAGGACAAGACGCUGCUCCUAUUGCUGAUUCUACGUCUACCUCAUCCUCUGGCCACCACGUCUCUCUCGCCUCUGUCUUCGCGCCCACUCCCACUCUCACUACGGCAUGCGCGCUGACCUGCACCCCAGCCUCACCCUGCGCAGUAUACCCUCACAGCCGGGAUUUCGAAUGCCGCUCCAUCCCUCGGAGCGUGGAGCUUCACAACGUUGCGCUUGAAGCCUUGGUUCGAGAGAGCGAGCCUCUCACCUGGGAGGAAGUGCGCGAGCAUGAGCGACAGAGAGGGACAGCCGUGGGGGAGGCGGUCCUGGUUCUUUCUCAAGUGCCGGCGGGUCGGCGCGUCAGUAUCGCGCCGUAG